AUUUGAUAGAAAUCCCUUUAGCCUCGUCCUGUUUUUCCCUUUUUCCCUCAAAGACCCUGCUACCCUUUCACUUUCAUUUAUUUCCUCUCUUCUCUCUCCUCAUUCUUAUUUUAUUGGUCACAUUCCUGGCAAAUAACCCCUUGGUCUACUCAUUCACAGAAUUUUCCCCAAUCCUUCAUUCUCACCCUUUCUAUCCCGUAGUUUCUUCCCACCUAGAGUUCAGUCUGGCCGGCACAACCAUUCCGGCCAAGGGGGAGGAGGACUUCCUUACGCUGGCCGCCUCCCGGCUAAGCCGCAGGAAACGUGUGAUUGGGGCAGGAGUGGGCGUGGCCAUGGUUCUGGUGCUCCUGAUCGCCAUCCCAUUAUUGGUUCACACCACAAAAGGGGGAGGGUCUGGAGGAGGGGACACUCACUAUGAGAUGCUUGGCAGCUGCAAGAUGGUAUGUGACACUUUUACCCCCCCACAGGGCAGCCAUGAGCUGUCCGCCGUCUCCCCCCAGCCCCCAGACUUCACAGGACGGAGGGGCAAGAGUGGGUACCGUGGGAGCCCUGGACUUCCUGGACCCCCAGGGCCCAAAGGGCCACCAGGAGAACCCGGGAAACCCGGCCCUCCUGGACCCCCUGGUCCUGGCCCGGGCGGCUAUGUUCCAUCUUUGUACAGCCCCAAGAUCGCCUUCUACGCAGGCCUCCGGAAACAGCACGAAGGGAGCGAGGUUCUGAAGUUUGAUGAUGUGGUGACCAAUGUGGGAAACUACUAUGAGCCCAGUACUGGCAAGUUCACCUGCCCCCUGCCUGGCAUCUACUACUUCACUUACCAUGUACUCAUGAGGGGCGGAGAUGGCACCAGCAUGUGGGCUGACCUGAGGAAAAAUGGACAGGUGAGAGCCAGUGCGAUUGCUCAGGAUGCGGACCAGAAUUAUGACUACGCCUCCAACAGUGUCAUCCUUCACCUGGAUGUGGGGGACGAGGUGUGUGUGCAGCUGGACGGGGGCAAAGUUCAUGGCGGAAACACCAACAAAUACAGCACAUUCUCCGGCUUCCUUAUCUACCCUGACUAACAGCACUAUCACACACUGAAUCACACACUGACUCACACACUGGCUCACACACUGAUUCACACACUGACUCACACACUGAUUCACACACUGACUCACACACUGAUUCACACACUGGCUCACACACACAUUUUGUUGCCAAACAAACACAAGCGUGUUUGUUGUGUUGCAGGGCUUGUAGUCGGAAAUGCUUGUAGUCAGAGAAAUACAGCAAAGUAUCUAACCACAAUAACGUUGUUACUAAAACAUACCCUCCCUUAACACGUCAAAUCUACUGUAGACCCUCCCCAAUGUUGUGUCUUUCCAAACUAAUUUGUGUUCUGCAAGUAAAAAAGUAACAUUUGGUGAAGGAAAUAAUACAAAAAUCAAUUCUUGACCAUCAGUUGUUUGUAACCAUUAUUAUAUUGUACAGUAUAUAGUGUAUUCUUAACAUUAAAUAUGAAAUAUAUAUACAUAUAUUUACUUGGUAUGCACAUGCAUAUAUGUGUAAUUAUGUUUGUGGAAGCACAGCAGUAAAUUAUUCUCAUGGCCUUUCACACACACUAACACAAACAGUCUGAUUAAUUGAACUUUUCCUAUCUAUUGUUACAUUACAUUACAAGCUGACCAUUUCAGCCACCAAUGUGGAAUUGAGUUAAAUGGUCUCCGAAUGCAGACCGUAAAUCGAAGACUGGUUGCCCCCCUCACCCCUCCUCACUGCGCUAAGAGAUGGAUUUCCAAUACGGCCAGAGACACCUAACGAGAAAAGUCAUGAAUAUAUUGAUCAGAACUGAUAAUACACCCAACACCACCAACAUCCAGUAUGCUGUAUGUGUGUGUGUGUGUGUGUGUGUUUGCUUAACCCUGUGUGUGUGUGUGUGAAGAUAAGUAUCGUGUUCUUGUUAGUUUUGCCCACACGGCAUCUGCCUUCAUCCAAGGCCAAGGGAGGAGGGAUCUGUGUGUGUGUGUAUGUGUGUGUGUGUGUGUCUUUAGUGUGUACGUUUGUGUGUUUGUGAUUGGGUAUCCAUGAGGCUCAAUGUAGGUGUUCUCACAGAGCCAGAGCUGAUGACAGAGGCCCAUCAUGUUCUGCUAAUGUACCCAGACAUCCUCCCCUUGGACUGAUAUCAUAGCACACACCUCCAUUACUGAACACAGUCACUCAUUUACUAAGAAUUUGAACUUAGUGUACCGGUACAUGUUAGCCCUGAUAGUUAUAUCGAAAGGGAUCUGAAGAUCAGGUAGGUUGUUAGUCUAACGAGAAGUUCUGUUCCUCAAAGGUAAUCCAGCCUAUUAUCUACUACAUCGACAUAUAGUAAAC